UGGCAUCCGGACAGCUGCAUCCGGAACAGCGGACCAAUCAGAGGGAUACAGUCUAUGAUCCAAAAAAUGCACGCACGAAAGCAAAGCGAGGGUACGUUGAGAAACUGUGGAGGAAGAGGUAAUUUGCAGGGAGAGGGAGCCCGGCGGGGGGUUCCCUUGAAGGUGUUUAAGCUUCAGGUGUUCUUCAGCCAGCUUGUUGGAUUGAGACCAAGCUUUUCUCAUUGUCAGGCCCAGCACCCGAAACCCUAGGAGUCUCUCAGCCCUCUCCAUCUCCCUGCUUAUGUAUCAUCUGCAUGGCUUACUAUCAAGGUACAGAGCUUUAGCCUGCGUGAAAAGGGGACUGCAUGGCAGCGUGGUUGGAGAGAGAGGAGGAUGGGUCCAGCUGUAGAGACUCAGACCCAGAAGGCCAUGGAUGCAGAGCAAAAAAUGCAGCAGCACCAGAACCAGCUGCAGCACCAGCAGUGUUACAUGGAGAAAGGGGUGAUGCUUGAGCCCUUCAUACACCAGGUGGGGGGACAUUGCUGCGUCCUGCGUUUCGGGGAGCAGACAAUCUGCAAGCCUCUGGUCCCCCGGGAACAUCAGUUCUACAAGAGUCUGCCUGCUGCAAUCAGGAGGUUUACCCCCCAGUACAGAGGUGUGGUGUCGGUGAGCUUCGAGGAGGAUGAAGAGGGGAAUCUUUGCCUUAUUGCUUACCCCCUCAGGAAUGAUCGAGCAGCAGAUCUGGAGAACCAGGACCCCUCGGUUGACUGCGAGACCAAAACUGGGAAAAUUAUUUCCUCAUCAGUGCUCGUGGACAGCGAAAACUACAACAAAGAUUCUCGAAGCCGCCACUCUCGUAAAGACAAGGACAAGAGUGUUCACAAGCUGCAGGGAGAUGUGGGGCUGGAGUGGCUGCGGCAGGCCGAGGUGCUCUACUACAGACUGGAGCGCAGUCAUAGUGACGCUGUACCACAGCUCAAACACAAUCCCUGGAGCCUCAGCUGUCAACAGCAGCACCUGCAAAGAAUGAAGGAGAACUCAAAGCACCGCAACCAAUACAAGUUCAUUCUGCUAGAGAACCUUACGUGGCGGCACACACUGCCAUGUGUGUUGGACCUGAAGAUGGGCACACAGCAGCAUGGAGACGAUGCCACAGAGGAGAAGAAGGCCAAGAAGAUCAGCAGGUGCCAGCAAAGCACAGCAUCUUCGCUUGGAGUCUGCCUCUCUGGCAUGCAGGUGUACCAGUCAGACACAGGGCAACUGAUGUUUAUGAGCAAGUUCCAUGGCCGCAGACUAACACGACAGGACUUCAAAGAAGCUUUGUUCCAGUUCUUUCACAGUGGACAGCGUCUGCGACAUGAACUUCUCUCCCCGGUGCUGCACAGGCUUAGAGACAUGCAAGCUGCCCUACAGGCCUGUGAAUCCUACCGCUUCUACUCCAGCUCCCUGCUCAUCAUCUACGACGGAGCCCACCAAAGGCACACACGCCAGCACAAUGAGGACAGCCUCUCUGAAGAAGAUGAGGACGAAGAAGAGGAUGAUGAGGUAGAGGUUGAACCAGAAAAGGAAGAGGAGGAGGAGGAGGUGGAUGAAGUAGCAGAUGCACUUGGUUUUUCUCACAGCCCUUCUACGGCUAGCGAAGCCAGCAGCAGUAGCGGGUGCUCCAGUAUCAGCCAGGCUCGUUUGUCUCGCUCGGGCCCCCGCAGCCCAGACGUGGAUGUGCGGAUGAUAGACUUUGCCCACACCACCUGCAAAUAUUACCAGGAGGACAGAGUGGUGCACGAGGGUCUGGACAGUGGCUAUAUGUUUGGUCUCCAGAACCUGAUCACCAUCAUCUCUGAGCUGGAGAACCACAGCACGGACUAAAGACUGACAUGGUUCACAAACUCAGACCUAGAUACUCAAUAACACACAUACUUUUGAAGAAAAGAAGAGGACUGGACUACAGAAGCAGAGACAUUUCUUGUCUCCACUUCAAAAUAAGACCUUGUUGUAGCUUUCAUUCUAGUGGACCCUGUACCUGUUCCUGCCAUUGGUGCUUCUUGAUGUUGUGUGUGUCCGUCUUUGGGAUAUGGAACAGACCUGCGCAUAACAUAGAUGAGCCAUCUGUGUGACUGAUGCAGUGAUUUACCAUCGUCAUCAUUCUCUUUGACCGGGUUCAACGUUAGGACAAAAGGGGUAGGCAGCAAAUAAAAGCAGUUUCAGAUAUGAGAUAGUAGAGAUGUUUUCCUUGUGUCUGAUUCCAAAGAAAGUGUCAGCAUUUUGCACGCACAAACAUGCACUCAAACAAGUUCUGUUGAACAUGCGUGUUUGGACUGGGAAAGGGCUUUGUGAUGGAGAAAGUUGUAUGUGUGAGGAGAAGACAUUGAGCUUUGGUCUGUUCAUUCUUCACUCAAAGAGGCUAUAUUCAUAUAGAAAUCAGAGACAGAUAUAGAGUUACUUUUUAUUUUACAUGUUUCAUAAAUAAACUAAAAACGGGAAUGGGCAGUGUUACAUUCCAUGUUAUUAAUGUUAUAAUAAUAAUAUUAGUAUUGUUAUUUGACAUGUUUGGAUACCUCUAUCUUGUAUGUUUGUGUUGUCCACAGUCUCUUGGGAAAGAAAUUAAAGACUUGGGUUUGUUCUA